UGGAACGAUAAAACAUAUCAACAGAAAUACCAAACACUGAUCAAUGAAGCAAACUUAGAAAGUUGUAUAAACUCUAUUGAUAAGUCAGGAAUGCCCAUAGAUGCCAUUAGCGGUAGACUUGUAUAUCUUGAGGAAUAUGAAACUAAAACUAGGAAUAACAUUUGCAAUUUAAUCACAAGUAGUCAUGAAUUUCCAAAGAUCACUGGAUUUUGGGGAAACCUAUUUGAAGAUUUUGCCCAUUUAGAGUUGAAAAGGGGUGGUACAUUUAGGAUACGGUGCCUGAAUAAUGAUAACUUGGAGAUCACUGAAAAAUGUAUUGAGAAUCUGGAGU